AUGUCGGCCAAAGCUCCUCCUCCGAUACCUCCGCGGCCUUCUCGCUCUCCAAACAACGCCAAUGCAAACCCACCGAAGAUACCCCCACGCCCUACAAGCCGUCCAGAGAGAAACUCUCCCCCCAAAAUAGACAGUUUUGCUCCUUCUCCGCUGAAUGCGCUGCCUUCUAGAUUCCUAGGCGCGGAUUCUCCAAUUGACCCGUCCAUACGGCCUGAUAGCGCUACCCUCCCGCCAACUGCUCCAAGACUUGUUGAACUCAGCAACCCAGUUACACAGGGUGAGAAUGUAGCCGGGUACGGGGUGGAACAACCUGCAGAGACAAGGAGUAUCCACAAGGACCUUCAUUUACAUGCUCCUCGACCGUCAUUACCGACAUCGAGUGCAACAGCACAAGUUCAAGCUGUAACACGGACAGAUGCUUCACAUGGACAUGAAACGGGCUCGGAAGAAGAUGUCAGUCAUCAGUCACUGGACUCUAAAUCUGGGGUUCCUCAUAUUCAGCUGGAAUCGUCCACUUCAGCAGCCAAUCAAAAAUCCCACAACAAUGACGAGGAGACCGGUACCCAGGAGAUAGGGCAAAGGGUGCCCAUGUAUCCUAACGCCGGGUAUGUACAAGCUCCAUCCCCUGGCCCAGCCAGCCCCCAUGGGGGUCGAAAUAGCCACAGCCGGAAUAAAAGUGGACAAGAAACAUCGAUGCCGCCAGGCAGUUAUGGCCUUCAUGGGCACGGGGUAACUCCCGAUGACCCAUUUGAAAAGUCCUGGUACCAGAAACAUCCAAAGGAGCUGGCUCUAGAGGAGCAAGCGCUUCACGGGUCGGGUGUUGGCAGUCCGCGUCCGGACUGGGCAAUGAGCAGUGAGGACCUAAACAAAAUUGUUAAGUCCCGUGCUACCGGUACAUCUGAUAAUAUGAUGGGUACUCCAAAUGAAGAGAUAGGGAAUAUUAUAACUGAACAACUUGCCUCUCGUCUCCAAUCACCUCCAGCGGAUUCUUCACUCCAGCAUGAGGUGCUUCGUGAAGAAUCUACUGCACAGCCUCUGUCUGAAAACCAGAAAGCGCUAGAUGUUGUGGAUGACACCCAUGAUAAGAAGACUGAAUCCCAUGAAGUAAAGAUUCACGUUGAUGAGCCUUUACAUCACCAGCAUCAUCCAGAUGGCUUCGCACUAGCACCGGAGCCUGACCGUAAGCUUAAGGAAGCUCUGUUGGAUGAAGAUCACGUCCUCGCUUCCGAUGAGAUCGACCCAAACUCCGAGGCAUUGCAGCCUGCAGUAUCCCCUCCCUUUGAACACAAGCAUCCUAAUUCCAAGCACUAUACUGAAUCUACUCGGCCUACGGGCCCUGAGAAAGAUAGUCUUAAUACUCGCCCGGAGGGCCAGGAUGAGAGCGAACCUAUUCCCGUAAAGCAUGCUAAAGAAUAUGAGCCCCUAUUCCAAGAUGAUGACAAAGAAAGGGGUCUAUCCCCGGAGCAGCGCUUCAAGUCACCAGCUAGUCACACACAAAGAUUUCCAAGUAAGGACAUAUGGGAAGAUGCUCCAAGUAGUGCCCAGCUACAUGCAACCGUAUCAACUCCAGAUAUACCCAGGCGACCAAAAAAGGAUGGCUCGGAACCUGAGGCUCUAUUUGAGACCCCUGAGCAGAAGCAGGAAAGGGUGCGAGAAGCGGAUAAGGUAACGGAAAAGUCUGGCUUGGAAGAGUCUCCUACUCAGAUAGAGAAGUCUCAGUCACAAGAACAGGAUUCAAAACAGCGUUUUCCUAGCAAAGAUAUCUGGGAAGAAGCCCCCGAAAGUCAACAACUCACGGCAGCCGUGGAGGCACCAGCAGACUCCGAGAAGCUAGAGAAGCCAGAAAACCCUGCAUUACCGUCACUACCACCCAGGCCUUCAAAACAACCAGAUCGAUCUUCCACAGAUGAACAAGGAGAUGUAUCGCCAACGAAGGCCCAGGCAGUCAGUCCAACUGAAUUAAAGAAACGACCAUCGAUCCCCGAUAGGCCAAAGCCACAGGUUCCCCAACGGCCUACCAGGAAGAAGGCCCAGGAAGCAGGUGAAACAUUGCCAAAAACUAUAUCGGGAGAAAAUGCAGAAGAUGCAGCUCGUCCUGCUCCGAAAUCCAAACCAGCACUCCCGCCACGAGCAGUUGGCUCGAAGAUUGCAGCCUUGAAGGCAGGGUUCCUUUCUGAUCUGGACAGCCGUCUCAAACUCGGUCCACCGGCCCCCAAACCAAAAGAGAAAGAGGAGGCAGAGAAACAAGCAGAGAAAGGCCCACUCAGUGACGCUCGCAAGGGACGGGCUAGAGGGCCACCAAGGAGAAAGCCUGCCGCCAAGUCUACUCCAGCGGUAGCUGAAGUCGCGAAACCACAAACGCCCGAAAUCAAACUUACUGGUCCUUGGAAUGUUUGGUCAAUCGGACCUGACGGAGAAGUGAACGUCCGAGGCUGUCAGCUGAGCCCGUCCCCUUCUGAGCCCAAUGAUACUCAGCCAGAAUCUCCCAUUGACCCUCCUCCCACAAAGACAAAUGUAUCCCCUCCCGAAGAUCCGGACAGUCAAGCGCCCGAGCCGUUCAGAAUUGACAAGGCUGUGGAAUCCGCGAUCUCCCCUCAGGCUGAGGACGCUAAGGAUGGUCAGGCCCCUUCUGAAGUGACACAUUCACCACAACCAGCCGUGGAGGAACCUGCUUCUUCCAACUUGGCAUCCAGUGAGCUUCUAGAGAAACCUGAAGCUCCAGCGGAGACAACGACUGAUACAAAGGAACCUGAGGAGAAUAUUAUCAAAUCAGAACCUUAUUCUGGGUUGGAAGCGUCUGAAGAAGCUUCAAAUGCUGCUGGGAUAGCGGAUAAACCCAAAGGAGCCGGCACUGUAGAGACUCAUGCGCCUGAGUUUGAAGAUGAAGUCAAUGAAACGCCGAUCCCCUCUGCUAUGGCUGAGUCCAAGACUGAUGAUGUAGAUGCAAAAGCCAGCGAGAAGCAAUAA